CACCGUCACUUUGCAAUUAGUGGAUCGUUCCAUGGCUCAUCCAGAGGGGAGAAUUGAAGAUGUGUUGGUACAAGUGGAUAAGUUCAUUUUUCCAGCCGAUUUCAUUAUUCUUGACUAUGAGGAAGAUAGGGAAGUUCCAAUCAUUUUAGGGAGGUCAUUUCUUGCCACUGGAAGAACUUUGAUAGAUGUUGAAAAGGGAGAGCUUACCAUGAGAGCUCAAGAUGAGCAAGCCACGUUCAAGGUUUUCCAUCCCAUACGUGCUCCGAACGCAAUAGGAGAAUGCUUAGCAAUUGGAGAUAUGGAUCCUAACAUGGUUGAGGAAUCCAAAUUCAAAAAUAGUAAGAAGGUGAGAAAAAAGAUUCCCUUUAAAGAAAUUGCUAAGGAUCACGAGCCGCGAGAAAGAAAAGACAAAACAUCAUUUGAACCUAAAAAACCACCCAAAAAGAAGAGAAAGAAAAAGAAGUUUAGUAGAAAAAUUUGGUCUCAAAUGUUUGAAGUUGGGAAACAAGUGAUUUUUGCUAACUCUUUAACGAAGGCUACUCGUGGACGACUAGAUUCAAGGUGUGAUGGAUCUUUCUUGGUGGUGAGAGUGUACCUCGAUGGGGUGGUAGAACUACGUGAUGCACUUUCAAGAAGAAAUUUUUUGGUGAAAGGCCAAGGAGUGAAGUUUGGGGGUGGUGAGGUUGAUCGAGCAAAGACCUCCAUCACAUUGGAAGAGGCUUGAGGAAGAAGGGUCUCGGGUUGUCAUGGCUUUAGUGAAUCAGAUUUGGGCAACCUGAGAGUGGAGGAACAAGAUUAUAUUUAGUUAUAUAUAUGCUAUGUAAUAAGUUUGGGGUGUGCCACCCCUUGAAAAAAAUAUAUAUGUAUUUACAUUUAAGUUUGGGGUGUGCCACCCCUUGUUAAAAAAGAAGAAGAAAAAAAAUAGAAAAAAAAGGAAAAAAAAAAAGAAAAAAAAUAUAUACAUAUAUACAUACUUAUAUAAUUUUAAUUUCUUUAGUUACUAAUGAAUUUGUAAUGGUGUGGUGAUUGUUAUUGCAGGUGCACGACAUGGAAUGACAGAAAAAUAGGCUGUUGCAAUAUGGUGUAAAGCAGAAUUGUGUGCUAAAGCAGUUUGCCCCAGUAGUUACAGCAUUGCAUUAGCAUCGCUUCAGCAUUUUGAAGCAGAGACUCUAGUGGGGAAGAGUUCAAAUCUUGAGGGAGUUUUCUUUUUCCUUAGUUAAAUUGUUAUUGCUGGUUGUGUUUGAUUGUUUACUUAGUUUACUUUUAUUGUUGUCUUUAGUUGUAUGAGUAAUAAAUAUUAUGUGGAUUAGAUGUGUAUUAAUCAUGUUGUUUUGUCAUGUUUGUGAUGUUCUAUUUUAGCUUGGAAAUGAGAAAAAUACUGCAUGUAUUUUCAGCUUGGUUUAGGGUAGCGCUCGAUGAUGAAAAAUAUCUAUUUUCCUCCAUUUGUGGAGUGCCUUGGUUUGUGUGUUGAAAAUGCUAAUUUUAAGUGUUAUUCUUGUCUAAAUGCUAGCCUAUGAGGAAUACUUUCAACAAUUGUAUGCUUGUGUUAUCCCACCAUACUUUGAGUUUUUAGAAUAGCUAACACCUUGAGAGAGUUUUAAGCAUCUAGAAUUGGUUAGUGUAAUCCUUGAGGCGAAAUCCUAGCGAGCUUUAUAACUUGGAAAUAAUUUAGGCCAUUUUUGGAUGAUUGAGCCUUUCAAGCCAACCCGAGAAUAUUUAAUUGUCAAUAGUCACCCCUAAUUAAGCCAAAAGCCUAGUUUUUCUUAACACCCAUCAAAGUCACUAUAUCCACACGUACACACAAAAUGUUAUCCUUCACAACCCAAACCUAAUUGCUUAAGUUAUCAAGGACUAAUCAAACAUUAAUGGGGUUAGGGAAGUGAGGAUACAACUUUACAAAAUGUGGUGAAACAAGUUCACACUAUAGAUGAUGAUGGGAUGUGAGUCGGGGUGGUGAUAGUUGUAAUUCACAUAACACUAGAUUCCUUCUCUUGCUAUAUAUAGAUAUGUGGAAAAAAAAACAGAAAAGAAAAGAAAAAAAUAUAUAUAUAUACAUAUAUGUACAAUCAUAAUAUUAAUAAAAUAAGAGAGAAAAAAAAAGGGGGCAAAGUUAAGACUAAGUUUGGGGUGUACCACCCCUAAUCAAAGAAAAAGGUUGUUGUUCUUUCUCUCUCUUUAUCUAGUUUAUUUGAAAAGAAAAAAAAAUACACAUAUAUAUAUAUAUAGUACAUACAUAUAGCAAUAGAGUGGGAACUAGAUGGAGUGAACAUUUUGGGUUGAAAAUGAAAUUAUGGAUGAGCGCUUGAGAGAAAAAGAAAAAGUCCUUGAUAAAUUGAGGUAGUUAGGUCAUGAGCCUAAAAAUAUCAUCCUUUACCAAACCCGAACCUAAACCUCACAUCUCAAGCCUAUUAAAGUCCUUUUGAUCUAAGUUGUAAAGCUAAGCUACAUUAGUGGAGAGGAUUGCACUAGUACAACUUAUGGAAGCGAACUUAUUAAACUUGAGGAUCGAGGGUAGUUGUUAUAGUAUUUCAAGGUGUUGGUGGGAAGUAUUUGCACAUUUUAUUGAUUGAAUUACUCUUGGUAAGCAUUAAGGACAUAAAGAACAUGCAAAAUUCUGUUGAAACACACAAGUCAAGGCAUAUUCACUACCACCAAUUACACUUCCAUUCCAUUUAAUUCUGAGAGCAUUUUCGUCGCUAAACCAAGUGUGAAAGAGCAAUAUUUUCUCUACUGGAAGCAUGAAGCAAGGAAGAAGUGGAACACAAGCUGAAAUUGGGGCAGAUUGCUGAAGCAAUGCUGAAGCGAAAUCAGUAUUCAAGCAGUGACGUGGAAACACGAGUUUCACUUAUCCACAUCAGCAAAUUCGUCCCAGUCACUCAAAAUACACCAGCUGGCUGCUGUGGAAUGAAGGGGACUAAACCUAGUGGGCCAAAGUGCAAAAAGAAUUGGGCUUCUCAUUUUUAGGAGUGAUUUUGUACCCUAGGAACCAAACAACUAAAAGGGAGAAAGAAAGAAAGUACAUAUCUUCAACCUCCAUUACGUGAGCAGAGCUGCUGCAUUUUUUUUAGAAGAGAAGUAAAUGCAGAAAAAGUACAGCAAAGGAGGAAGAGAAAAGGGGUCCAAGCUUUAGUGAUUGAUUUUUCUUUUACCCUCUCUUAAUUGUUUUCUUUCUCUUUCUCUUUUCUUGUUUCUUUUACUUAGAUAUUAAAACUUGUUAACUUGUAAACAAAGGGCAGCAGCCAUGGAUGAAUAUUUUUUACUUUGGAUUUUAUUUUCUUACUUGAAUAUGAGCUAGACUUUUAAGGCUUGAAUGGCUAUGAACUUCUAUGUUGGGUAUGAUUAAUUUUUAAGCUUACUUUAGCA